UGUCCUAAAACUCCCCAAAACUGCGGUCCACAUAAGAGAUGUCUCGAAGAAAUAAACAAUAACGUAACGCAACACAUUCCUUAUCCCGACGACUGUCAUAAAUUUUACAAAUGCGCGGAAGGAGAAGCAUAUCUACUAUGCUGUCCAUUAAUUGAUCCCAACGGGUCGAAACGAUUGGUUUUUAAUCCAGAACUCCAAGUCUGCGAUUGGCCGCACAAUGUAGAAAAUCCAGAAGCCAAAUGCGAUAAUGUGAACCCAACUGAACCCACGACGACAACAACGGAACCCACAACGACAACAACGGAACCCAUAACGACAACAACGGAAUCCACAACGGAACCAAUCACACUGCCACCAAAUAAGGACUGUGGAACGAAUGAAACAAAGCUUAUAGCAUAUGAACCAGACUGCACUAAGUAUUACAGAUGUACUAACGGAGUAAAAAGUGGACCUUAUUCAUGCUACCAAGGUCAUGUUUUCAACCCAAAAAUUGGUAGUUGCGACAGUCCAGAUAAUUAUAAUUGCCCUCAUUCUACCUCAAAUGUCGAAUAUUUUGAUAAUUGA